GUACAAGAGAAACCGAUUUUAUUUGUGGCUCACAAAUCGCGAGAUUAUUGACAAGCUGUUGGUCCAUAGAAAUGGAUCUAAGCAAACCCAAAGUGGAGCAGAUAGAGAACGGCGUGAGAUCGAAUCCGCCCAAGGUUGAGCAGACAGAGAACGGCUUGAGAUCGAAUCCGCCCAAGGUUGAGCAGAUAGAGAACGGCGUGAGAUCGAAUCCGCCCAAGACAGAGCCUGAACCUCGCCCAGUUAUUCCAGUUCGUCACUCCAUUGCCAACAUUUUACGUGUGUCUGACAAAACUAACUUCACCCUUGGUGGAGAUGGGGAGAGCGAUGAAGGGGAGGUUAGUCUGAUGAACGAGUUGAAAACUAGUCAAGGGGAGAUAGCAGGUGAAGGACAAGCCGAGGUACCCUGCAAGCAGGCGCAGGUGGUCGGAGUUUCACCGGAAGUUACGUCACCAAUGGUUCUAGAGCUCACUCUACAGUGCCACAAACAACCCGGAAACAGGUGCUCCAGUAAUAGAACAGACACACCUGACACACCUGACACACAGAAACACGUCCAGAGCCUAUCUCCUGAGAACCAAUCAAAAGACUUAUCCAAGCUGAACGGAAGUUUAGACUUUAAAUGUGCCCGGGGUUUUGCCAAUGUCAGUUUCUAUAACAACGAUCCAACGCUCAAUGGUAAUGCCCUUCUUCAGUCAGAUGAUGAAUCUUCCAACUCCGAUACCGGAAGUUCAAAACUUUGUGAAGUUCACGACCUCUCCAGAAAAAGAAGUCACGAGGCGUUGCUUAGUAACGCAGUGCCAGCCAACCUGAACGGUGCUGGGACAACAGUUUUCUCACCCACUUCCGUUCUGCUAACGGGCAAUAGCUCGUCAAAUCACGUGCACAAAAGUGACGUCAUACAAAAUGUGGAAGUCUCCAGUGCGCAGGCGCGGAAAGGUUCUGAUGACGCAACAGUCAGAAAAUACUUUGACACUAUCACAAACUGCCAUGGCAGCCCGGCAAUUGAAAAUUUAGAAAAACCAUUGGCUGAGCGGAGUCACGUGAUAUCUAACGCCGCGUCAUGCGCAAAGAAGAGGCGCGUGCGGACGACCUUCACCGCGGAGCAGCUUCACUCUCUGGAGGAAGUGUUCGCCAUCACACAUUACCCAGACGCCAACACGAGGGAGAGCCUGGUCGAGAGGAUAGGGCUCAAUGAGGAGAGGGUGCAGAUCUGGUUCCAGAACCGCCGCGCUAAAUGGCGCAAACAUUCCAGGCUGAGGAACUUUGGUGGCCUGCAGGACUUGACCGACGUCACAUACGUCCCGGCCCCGCGACCCAUGCACAAACUGGACCCUGUCCAUCCCAAAAGCGAGCUGACCCCUCACCUUGACCCGGAUGUCACGUGUUACGUCAGCCCAGAUCAAGAGCUCAACCCCCUGGGGUCACUAACCAGGAGCGUGUUCAACUACCCACCCUACUACCCCCCGGGCUUCCUGAGCAUCCCUCCCGUCCUCCUACAGUACUACUCCCAGCUCCUGUACCGGCCUGGCCUUAUAAGGACCGCGGCGCCCCACCCCCCUCAGGACAGACUCCAGCAGACGAUGCUCAGCAACUUGAAAAACCCUACGUCUGCCAACCUUCAUGAACGACUUGGUGCCAGCGACUUCGUCAAACCCUUCCUGCCGCUCAGGCAGUUCCAGCGGUUCGCCUAUGACGUCAGACAAGACCCUCUUAGACUAGCCGACCCAGAGAGGAACGUCCCCUCCCCGUCAAGUCACUCCAGCACGAGAGAGUCACCUGAGGGUGUUAUAAAUAGCUCAAAGAUGGGCUCCACGUCACCACGCCACAGGGAAGGGGAGAGAACCGAAGACGGAAGUUUAGAUUUAUCCUCGCGGUUUAACUCCCUUGCAGCAAUGCAGAAUUUCGUCACUUCCGCCUUGUACAACUACAGUAAGGAGCCAGACGAAGAGACAUCGGUCUCUGUCUCGCCUAGCUCCACCAUAUCGACCUGAGCCCUACAACCCCGAUGGCUGAGACAUCGGUCUCUGUCUCGCCUAGCUCCACCAUAUCGACCUGAGCCCUACAACCUCAAUGGCUGAGACAUCGGUCUCUGUCUCGCCUAGCUCCACCAUAUCGACCUGAGCCCUACAACCCCGAUGGCUGAGACAUCUGUCUCGCCCAGCUCCACCAUAUCGACCUGAGCCCUACAACCCGGUGCGUCAGCUGGUCAACCCGUACACGCGAAUCUGUCUGAAGGCAACCCGGUGAUUGAGCUAUAAAUCACCUCGAGUUUAAUUUUACAGAUUUUCCUAACUUCACAGAAAUACACAAUUUUAUAAACGUUCCCAAUUUUACAGUAGGACCUACUACCUAAUUUACAAAACUACAAAAUUUUACUGUGCUACAAAAUUUUAUGAAAUUACCCAAUUUUACAGUAUUUCCUAAAUGUACAGAACUACACAAUUUUACAGAACUACCAGCUUGUAUAGAACUAUCCAGUUUUACAGCACUUCAUAAUUUUCCGAGGUCGAAUGGAAAUCCUGGUCGGUAGAGCGUGAGACACGUGACCCGGAAG